GUAAGUGCAAGUGGAAAUGUUUUGACGUUUUAAUAUUUAAUUUUGGUUCUAUGAAGAGAUGUGCCCCGGAUAAAGUGUAAAAUAAGUCGCCAUGUAUUGUCUACAGUGGUUGAUUCCAGUUCUUCUCAUACCGAAGCCACUAAACCCAGCACUGAUAUACAAUCAUGCCAUGUUUAUUGUGCUGUAUUUGACCAGUUUUUUUCUAGUCAGAAAACCAUGUACAAUUUGCAGCCUUGUUUUCCUGGCGGCCGUGUUUCUCAUCUGCUACAGUUGUGUAGGAAAUUGUGUUUUGUGGCAUUGUCCUGAUGAUAAUUGUGAAGGGGUUGGGUGUCCCUGAGGAGAAGGUUUUACCAUGUGAAAGUGAAAGUGAAAGAAAGUAAGCAAAUUAGACUACCGAUACUCAAAAUCAAUAAACAAUAGGCCUUUUGCCAAUGUUAAUGAAUUGUUAAUCUGAAGCUUUUGAGAGACAUUCUAUCAUUAAUACAUUUGUUUGAUUUGAAAUGAAGAUAUAAAACAACACAUGUAGUUGUAUGAUUACAAUCUUUGCUUCACCUGAGGAAGAUCUAAAGAGGAGAAAAAAAGCUUCCUUGAUGAGAUUGUGGACCUUAAAUUGGAGUUUUGUGUAAAUUGAAGUGUAACUGCUGAUAAAUUGAUUUUUGGUUUAAAUCUGGAAUGAAUUUUGAUAUGUUGUUAAAUAUAUUUCUACUUCUAAAUUGUGACACUCUUGUAAAGAGAACUGUGCACAAAUUAUAUUGUUAUUUAUCCUAGUUGUCAUGUAAAAAUAUCAUAUAGAAUCAGUGAAGUUAUGUUAUGAACACUCUGAUAUCAU